GAGGAGGAGGGAGGAGGAGGAAGGGGUUCAGGUUUACCGGUAAUAUACGAGGCUUUUAAAGUCUGAACAUUGGCUCAGUGAUUAUAAAGAGGAACAGAAAUCCCGGGACAAAGGUUGGUGAGUCGUGUGACCGCCGUGCGUCCGCCGCAGGGAACUUUCGCUUCUCCGUUAAGUUUUUUAUUUUCUCUCUCUCUCUCUCUCUCUCUCUCUCAAGUUCCCGAAAACGCCGCCGCUUGUUUACUUGUUGUUGCUGAAAGGGAAGCGGAUACGAUCGACCUCUGGGAGCUUUACUUUGUUACAGCUUCAAGGAUCUGUCGCCUCAUGGCUGCGGAGGACAACUGCGCAACAAGUUUAUAAACUCUCCGGUUGUUUGUUGUUGUUGUUGUGGUCCGGUCUGAACAGCUGACUCACCGACUGAAGGCCGGGCAGCGGCACCGGGGCGAUGUUUGAUGCUGAAUAGAUCAAAUUUAUAAACAUAUAUACCUGUAUGGGCUGAACCCCCGCCCCGUCUGGAGAUGAUCGGGUCACCGGACCUGCUGGCCUUCACCGGCACUGAGGGCUUUGGGGAAGGAGAAGAGGAGGCUCAGGGUCUACCUGAAGAGUUUUCGGUCCCCCUUCUACCUCUGUCCCACCCCUGGACAACUUCAGCCAAGUUCCACAGAGACUUCAUACUGGUGGCUGAGUUCUCAGAGCAGGUGGGACCCAAACCUGUGCUGACGAUACCAGAUGACCAAAGAGUCAUCGGAUCGUUUGACCUCAAUCACUUCUCAGUUCGCAUCAUGUCUGUGGACUACCAGGCGUCCGGCCCGGCCCACGUCCCUCCUGUGUGCCCCGGCCCCCGCCUCAACUUCAGCGAGGACUCCAGAGUGAUUCUGGGAGAUUCAGGGGAGGAUGCGUUUGCAUAUGUUCACCACAUGACCCUGUAUGACCUGGAAGCCAGGGGUAUGGUGCGUCCUUUCUGCAUGGCGUACGUGUGCUCGGACCAGGCGAAGCUGAUGGAGAACUACUCUGAACUGUCGACGUGCUUCUCUCAGGCCUCCGACAGCCUCAAGACGGGAAACAGACAAGCGUUUUCUAUGGAGCUGCAGAGAAAAUUACAAGAGCUCGAGUACACACGGUUGACUCUGCUCCAGGAGACAGAACAUUCGAAGACGGCAAACGGGUUCACAGAGGUGGGAGAAAAAGCUGAUGAGCUUGAAGCUGUGGAGCGUUCAAUCUUAAAUCACAGAGAUCUUCUCCGCCAGGUCACCUCGUACCCAAACAGGAAGCUGAAACAGCCCGACUUCCUGCCGUACGACCCAGCUGACUCCCUCACUGAUCCGAGUGUGUUACCGCCUCCUGAGCCCUGUCCCUCUCUCUCCACCUCCACCUCCUGCAGGUCUGAGCACCGUCUGAAAACUCUGCAGGAGCUUUGCAACACCUACUUCCUGUCACUGAUGAAGGAGCAGCUCGCUGACACGGAGCGGCGCCUACGAGGCGACAGGAGCGUACUGCGCACUACUCGCGUCACGCGUUCAUUGUCCAAGAGGCUUACGCUCAUUAACUUCCUGUUUGAGCUGUGGAGCCCAGAGGAUGGAGACGAGGAGGAGAAAGAGAGCACAGAGGCAGAGCUACAGAGGGCGACAGGGAGUAAGAGCGGUGGCGAGAUGUUUCAGUCAGAACCAAUGAGCCUGGAGUCAUUUUUCUCCUGUGUGGAGGAGAUCCCGAUCAAAAUGGAGGCAGGAGAAGGUGGAACAGUGACCCCUGACCCCAAUGUUGCCACAGAGAUGACAGGAAGUGUAAGCAGUGGCGACAGCAUUGAAGUGCUCGGGACGGAGAAGUCUUAUCGGUCGCAGCAUGACGUCGCUGGAUCUGACAGCAGAGAAACACAGGUUGGGAUGAUGGACACGUCUUACAGACGAGCUGCAGUAGAGGCAGGCUCUAGACGCGUGCGAGCGUACGCCAGGCGAGCCAACAGCGAGGACAGCAUCGAGGUACUCAGUACGACCGAGUCCAUCUUUCCUGACGACCUCACUGCCAUCACGGAGGAAGAAGCAGAGCGCCAAUCUCUGAGUAACGGCUUUGAGAAUGAGAAUGAGAUACAGUGUGAAUCUGACAAUGUCCACAAAGAGGGGAAGACGUUGAACACAUUGACUUCAGUGAGUGAGGACGUAAAAGGAGGGCCUGUUCAGGAAGGUGACGGUCGUGCUGACAGAGAAGAAUCCAUAAAGCAAAUGACUGCCGGUGGUGAGGUUAUAAUCAGAGAGGAGCAGGUCACUGAGUGUUUGAAGAGCAAUCAAGUCCAUGAAGACAAACCUGAGAAGACGUCCAGACUUCUGAAAGUUGAAGAAGCAGUGGAGUCGACGCCUCAGUGGUCUGCGGUCUAUCCGACGGUGCAGUCGGUGCCUGACCUUCAUGUGAACUUCGCCCCUCCUGUUGCCCUGGCUGAGGUUGAGCGGUGGUCUCCGCCCUGCGCUCCUCUCAGGCUGCUGAGUGUGGACGAGGCGUCUGACUGCGCCAGCUUCACUGGAUCCACAGACACGCCCUCUCCCUCUCUAAAUAUCCACAGCAGCACCCGCUUGGAUAAGAGGAGGAGGAGGAGGAAGGCUGGACUCCGAGCCCUCAGGUUCCUCAAACAGAACUCGUUCUCCCAGCAUGCUGUGUUUUGUCUCCUGAGCGGCCGGCCGCUGGUUGUCAUCGGAGGAGACGAGAGUUUGGUCAGAAAACUGGUGGACGCUCUGAGCCUCUUCCUGCCUGUUCCUGGUCCUGAUGGAAAUGCUGUCAUGGCGUGUUUGACGACGCCGCUUCAACUGGCCGACCUGCUCACCUGGAGGCUGAUAGGAAUACACAGAUCGCACUCCAGCUCUUCGGCCAUCAUUAUUCACUCUCUGACUCGCUACAGUCGUUACUUGGCCCUGUUGGACCUGGACCAGAGGACGCUGCACUGUCCGCCAUACUCCGGCUCGCUCAUCAGCAGACUGGCCGACCCUCACACUGGCAUCAGCCGAGGCAUCACCUACCUGCUGCACCUGGAGAGCUGCCUGACCGCGCUGGCCAACCAGGCUCUGCUGUACACGUUCAAUCGUGCUCAUCAACGUCCAAAGACCGCUGGAGGGAAGGACGCUGCAGAGAAAGACGAGUCCCUGUCCACUCGAGGAUUCUGCAGCAGUGAGAGCGAUUUGAAAGUGAUGAACUUCCUGUCUGACCUGAUCAAACAGCACCACGCAGGACGUGGACCACCGGUUUUAAGAUUCUCUUACUGUUCUGCGCACCUGCACAAAAACACGUAUGCAACAUGAACACUGGAUGAACAAAAACAAUGCACUAGAUGCACUGAUUUCUCUAGAAUAUUGAUUGAUGCAGAGUUAAGUUCUCUGCCUGUGUGAACUUGUUAAAACACGAAGAAUCACACUUAUAUGUUUUUAUCUGCAGUGUUAAAUGUUAGUGUGUGUGUGUGUGCAUGAUUUUUACUCCAUGAUGCUGUAGGUUGUGUAUCUCUGGAUUACUGGACACAAAUGCACUGGUGACUCACACAUGCUGGCAGCCUUUACAGCUGAAGUGCUGGACUUUUUUUUAUUUUUUUUUAUGUGUGUGUGAGGUUUUUAAAAUGACUUAUUACUGGAUCACAUGUGAACUUUUAAGAUAUUUGAGCCACAUAUGAACACUGUAUCAUGUAAGGAGAGGAAAAUAAGACCUGACAUGGUUUUGUUGCUUGUAGUUUGUGGAUCGUGGUGGUCAAGAGCUACAUGGACUGGUAAUUAUUUACUUUUAAAAACACACCUUUAACCUCUCAGGGUUUCUGCCAGCUGUAAACCAUUUUAAUAUGACUGCACUCUUAAAACAUUUUCACGUUUUCAAUGAUUGUAAACUGUUGAGUUCUUUUUAGAUUUUUUUACUUUAAUUUCACAAAUUCAUGAAGAAAGUCAAAAUCAAUUGAUGGGAAAAGACAACCACUCCCCCUCAGUCGACUUCCAAUAUCACAGGCAACAGGCUCGUUUUACUGUACUUUAAUGUUUGUUACUCUGUUGAUGCAAAUAUGAGCCGAUUUUAGUGUGUGCACAUUUUCUCUAAAAAUAAAGUCACUUUUUUUA